UGUAGCAAAUCAUCCUGUGUGUUGGGACAGCAGUGACCUGUGGGAAGCUGAUAAAUUGAAGGGAGGCAGCUGGAGCGACACGACACGACACCACUGACAGAAGGAGCAUGCUCAGAGUACUGGAAUAGGUAGUUAGUCUGCAGAUGGUGUUCUGUUUGGUGCUCAGACAGCUGCUACCACGCAUUCACAAUCUCAGUAAAAUAAAAGAAAGAGAGAAAAAAGCACGGAGUGUGCUGGACUGUGAAAGAACUGAAGAUUUGUUUUCUUAAAAUGGAGAGUAGUUAAGCCUUGAAAUGGCUUGAUGAUUUGUCCUUCAGAGAGGCUGAUAUUAUAUAUGUGUAUGUAAGUACAUUUGAAAGUCUACUACAGAAGAAAACCUUUCGUGGGUUACGGAAAUUGUACAAUCCCAGAAUUAAUGUAAUGCUUUGUUAGGGGACUGCUCUGAGGACCCUUUUCAACCAAGACCCAGGAGCAACUACACAGUUACAGAGAGACAGCAGAAAUGAGAGUUAUUCAGUUUCAGAAAUGAGGGUAAUUCAGAUUCAGGAAAAUCCUUCCUAUAAGAAAGCCAUUGUUACGCAGUAUUUAUUGGUGGUUUGAUUGAAGAGGAUGUCUGAUCAUCAUUUUGUGGUAUUUUCAUGUCGUAGUACAAAUUAAUAGCUGCAGAAUGAACAUAGCAGCAGUCUUCAAUGCUUUGCUUGUGUCUGUUCUUGCAGCUGUGCUGUGGAAGUAUGUCAAAUUGCGAGAACAUGUUGCUGUAGUUGAAGAAGAGCUUAUCCUUACCCGUCAAUCUCAGGAGCUUUCUCAGGUUCGCAUUGAUUAUCAUGGCGCAUUACAAGCUCUGAUGGGAGAUGGUACCAGAAUGGUAUGCACAGGCAGGAUGCAUACUGACCGUAUCUGUCGAUUUAACUCUCUUUGUUACUCCACUGAAGCAAAUGAGUUUAUAUUUUUUCAUAGUAAUGCUUCCAUCAUGCUGCCAAGUCUGGGUUCACGAAGAUUUCAGCCUGCUCUCCUCGAUCUGUCUUCAGUGGAAGAUCACAAUACUCAGUACUUCAAUUUUGUUGAACUACCAGUUGCUGCCUUGAAAUUCAUGCCAAAACCAGUUUUUGUGCCAGAUGUUGCACUGAUUACAAACCGGUUUAAUCCUGAUAAUCUCAUGCAUGUUUUCCAUGAUGACCUAUUCCCUCUGUACUACACAAUGCAGCAGUUCCCAGACUUGGAUGCUGAGUCUCGCCUAGUUUUUAUGGAGGGCUGGAAUGAAGGUCUGCAUUUUGAUCUGUACAAGUUGCUUAGCAAUAAGCAGCCUCUUCUGAAGCAACACCUAGGCACACUUGGAAAGCUGCUAUGUUUUACCAAAUCUUAUGUGGGGUUAUCCAAAAUGACAACUUGGUACCAGUAUGGGUUUGUUCAGCCACAGGGCCCUAAGGCAAACAUACUAGUUUCUGGCAAUGAAAUCCGGCAGUUUACAAGGUUCCUGCUAUCAAAGCUGAACAGGAGUUCUGAAGCCAUUCCUACUGAUGAAUACAUUGUCAUUUUCAGCCGUACAGUGAACCGACUUAUUCUGAAUGAAGCUGAACUUAUUCUGGCACUUGCACAGGAAUUUAAUAUGAAAACAGUUACAGUAUCGCUAGAUGAUUACUCUUUUGGUGAUAUAGCACACCUCAUCAGCAAUGCCUCCAUGCUGGUCAGCAUGCAUGGGGCCCAGCUUGUGACUGCAGUCUUUUUGCCUCCAGGUGCCAUGGUGGUAGAACUCUUUCCAUAUGGUGUAAACCCUGACCAUUACACUCCUUACAAGACUCUAACAGCUUUACCUGGCAUGGACCUUCACUAUGUUGCGUGGCGCAAUACUAAAGAGGAAAAUACAUUUACAUUUCCAGAAAGGCCUUGGGACCAAGGGGGGAUUUCUCACUUGGACAAGACAGAACAAGAGCGCAUAAUGAAAAGUCAGGAAGUUCCUCGACACCUUUGUUGUCGCAAUCCAGAAUGGUUGUUCCGCAUUUAUCAGGACACAAUAGUAGAUAUCCCUUCCCUUAUAGAUAUUAUCAAGAAAGGAAUAAAGUCAAAGCCUGGUCGGAAAAAGCAAAAGUAUACCAACAGCCUUUAUCCUGGGAAGGUCAGAGAUGCAAAAUGUGAAACAUCUGUCCAGGGUGCUGAUGAGGCCAAGCUGUCAGUAUCCUGGCAAAUACCAUGGAAUCUCAAGUACCUGAAGGUCAGAGAAGUGAAAUAUGAGGUAUGGAUACAGGAACAGGGAGAAAAUACCUAUAUGCCCUACAUGUUGUCUCAUCAGAAUCAUACUUUCUCUGAAAAUAUCAAACCAUUUACAACCUAUCUAGUUUGGAUCAGGUGCAUCUUCAAUAAAACAUUGCUUGGUCCUUUUGCAGAUGUACUUAUGUGCAGCACAUAGUGCUUUGCUCAGCCUUGUAAGCUAGAAGAGAGUAAAUAGCAACAUCUCCAGUGCCUCAAGUGUUCAUCUGACAGCUGGAUGCAUUGCUGCAGUCGGACCAUGCUAAUUGCAGUCAUUUCAAAUACAAUUUGUAUUUAGGUUGUGCAUUCUACUGAGCUAAGUUAAGCUGAAGACUGUUGUAGUCAAGGAAGAGGAGCUUAUUCUGGUCACAUUGAAGACAAAGACUGCCACAUGUAAUUCAUUCAAAAUGUUUUACAUCAACUGUACUUUUGACAUAGGUGGUUUUGAAGUCAAAUCAUAGUACUGCCAAGUGAAAAUAAGAGAAGUUUCAUAGAUCAAGUGCAAGAAUUACAUGGAUCCAUUUGGCGUUAGAGCAAACUGUCACUAUUUCAGAAUAUUUCUGUAAAACGGCUUUAGGUAUGAUUUAUUCAGUUACUUUAAAAGGUUGGUUUUCAGAGCAGGACGUAGCACACUGUUUCACUGUAGGAGAUGAGCUGUUUAAAAUCACAUAAUGGGGAUGACUAUGAGCAACAAUGUUUGCAGGGUUGGAUCAAAGGUUACAGGAACAAAAAAUCCACUAUCAAAAAUGGUGGCAUUAUAUAAAAUACUAAAUAAGACUUGUGGUUACAUCAUGGUAAAUUCUUCUCACCUCUGCAGUGUAUUGGAAUCUUGGCAUUUUCAUAAACUUAUAGUCAUGGUAUCCUUGACUUCUAUUAGAACUGUACAUCUCUACAUGUAGAGUUUAUUGUUAAAUUUGGUAGUAUUAUGACAUUUUUUCCAGGUAAAACUUGUUAACCAUAUUAUCCUGCUGUAUAUUCAGCAGUGCUGAAGACAUGUGCAGUUUCUGUUUUAUACUUUUACUGUAGUUAUUUAUUGUUGCUAAGCUGUUUGAUCAUAAAAGUGUAUGAGAAGAAAACA